AAAAGGUUCCCGCGCGUGGUCCGCAGAGGCCGCCGCGUGCUGCGCAGGCGCGAAGGGCCGGGUGCUGGAGCUGGUGUCAUGGCUGGCAUCAACCCGGUGCCUAAACUCUACAAAUCCAUAAUUGAAGAUGUAAUUGAAGGAGUGCGGGAUCUAUUUACUGAAGAAGGUAUAGAAGAACAUGUUUUAAACGACUUGAAACAGCUCUGGGAAACCAAAGUUUUGCAGUCUAAAGCAACAGAAGACUUCUUUGGAAAUAGCAUCCAUUCACCACUGUUCACCCUUCAGUUUCCACACACCUUGCACCCAACAUUGCAAUCAACAGCGUCAUUAGUUAUUCCUGCUAAUAGAACUGUUCCAGGUUUCACUACAGCAGAACUGGGCAUCUCAAACCCCAGUGCAAGCUUUACUUUUCCUGGUUAUCCCAUUUAUGUACCAGCAGGUGUGACAUUUCAGACGGCAUCUGGUCACCUUUAUAAAGUUAACGUGCCAGUUAUGGUUGCGCAGACUUCUGGAAGACCAAGUGUCCUUCAGCACCCAGUUCAAGUGUUCCCGCAGCUCGGGCAGCCCUCAGUCAUACAGGGCAGUGUUCCACUGUUGAGCCCGUGGUGUCUUCCAGCGACUCCUGAGAAGGCCCCGAGGAUGGAAGCUGUGUUCCAGCAGCCCACAGUCCUGCAUUCUGUGCCCGUGGACAGGAAACACUUAGACAGUGCCACCAGUGGUGUAUUUGUGCCUCCCGGAAGAGAGCAUGGCAGCCUGCCUGAGGCUUUGUUGAGCCAGCACGGGAACUCUCCAUGUGUCCAAGGGCCAGGCGUCGGAUUUCAUUCUCGGGGCUCUCCCGUGGAUUCCCACGUGGAGCCGGUGCUCAGUGUUCCUGCUCGAGUGACUCCACAUCUGCGCGGUGGGCCUGUCUCAGCAUGCCCUCAGGGGACGCUUCUCCACCCGGUGACAGACGCGCAGCCUCAUCUUCCUAGACAUUGUAGGUAUGGUGGUGACUCUGCAAACCGGCCAGGAGAGGCGGCAGAACCCAGCAGCCUACCUGUAUCCAAGGAGAAUUCAAAUUCUCGGGUAGAUUUGACCAAUCAGUUAACUGAUGAUGAUAUUAAUGAAAUAAUUCAAGUAGAUGGUACUGUUGAUACAUCUUCUAAUGAAGAAAUAGGAAAUAUAAAGGAUUCAGAAGAGAAUGAAUUUCUAGAAAUUAUCGAUGCAGGAGAGCUAAAGGUGCUUGAAGAAGAAGCGGACAGUAUAUCAAAUGAAGAUUCAACCGCAAACAGUAGUGACAAUGAAGGCUCUCAAGCAGACAUUGUGGAAGAGGACCCUUUAAAUUCUGGAGAUGAUGUGAGCGAGCAGGAUGUGCCAGACCUGUUUGACACGGAUAAUGUAAUUGUCUGUCAGUAUGAUAAGAUUCAUCGAAACAAGAACAAGUGGAAAUUCUAUUUGAAAGAUGGGGUUAUGUGUUUUGGAGGGAGAGACUAUGUGUUUGCAAAAGCCAUUGGUGAUGCAGAGUGGUAAAGCCCAUGAGCUCAGUACAUCAAUUUUGUGAACACCAUUGGAACUCUUGCAUAUUGUGAAACUUACUUUUAUCUUAAAUGUAUAGUCCAUCACAAAGCAGCUCAAAAUUUUAAUUCACAAUAUUGAAUUUAAUAAAAUUAUAGUUCAAAUGCAGAUACAAAUAUAUAAUUUUAUAUUUGA